CGGCAACUCGGCAACACUGUUGAUUACUGAUUGAGUUGUUUGUCUGGUGAAAAAUAUAUUUAUUUUUGCUGAGUUUUUUGUCACUAUCGUUAUUUUUAUAGCGAAAACCUCAAUAUUUGUGUACAGCUCCAGUUAAUUUUUUUCCCUUUCACAUUAGAAAGUUGACUACAAGGUUAAUUGUGAACAAUAUUGACCAAUGAAGAGUACACGGGUAUUUGUUGGGGGCUUGACCUACCGAAUUAAAGAACGCGAUCUUGAGAAGUUCUUCCGUAAAUAUGGCAGAAUCAGGGAAGUAUCCAUGAAAAAUGGAUUUGCUUUCGUGGAAUUUGAUGAUUACCGUGAUGCUGAAGAUGCAAUAUAUGAGUUGAAUGGGAGAGACUUGAUGGGUGAAAAGAUUUCCGUGGAACGUGCUCGCGGUACUCCGAGGGGCAGCGAUCAGUGGAGGGGCAGUGGUCGGGGUGGCGGCGGAGGGGGUGGUGGGGGCGGCGGGGGCGGGGGUAGAGGGGGGGACAGCUACAGGGGAUACGGGGGUGCUCCCCCGUCGAGAAGUACCAGAGAAACUCGAGACAAGUAUGGACCUCUACAGAGAACGAAAUAUCGUGUUUACGUUGAAAAUCUAUCUAGUCGUAUCAGCUGGCAGGAUCUGAAGGACUACAUGAGACAAGCUGGAGAAGUGACUUUCGCAGAUGCUCACAAGCAGAGGAAAAACGAAGGAAUCGUUGAGUUUGCGUCUUACAAAGAUUUAAAAAAUGUUCUUGAUAAGUUGGACGGCACUGAUCUCAAUGGCAGAAAAAUUAAACUGGUUGAAGAUCGUAACUUGAAGAGGAGCAGAACUGCGUCAAGUAGCAGAAGUAGAUCACGUUCAAGGUCCAGGAGUCGUUCAAAGAGAUCCAAAUCACGUUCAAGAAGCCCCGCCCAUGAUGGCUCCCGGUCUCCUAGUGACAAAGACAAGAAUGAUUCCAGGGCCAAAUCUUUGUCAAGGUCUCGAUCUCGAUCCAAGAGUAGGUCUCGCAGCCAGUCUCCAGAAUCUUCCCACAAAGAAGAUAAUUAGUCAGAUGGUAAACUUGAGAAUGUAUCACAUUUUUGAAUUAAUUGUUCCAAUUGGAACCAAGAGUAGGUGUUCGUAAUAUUGACAUGACUGGAUGAUUGAAUGAUUUAUUUGAAACAAUAUUUUAAUAUUGUAUCUAAUCUUUUUUCUGGGUUUUAGAAAUAAGCUUUUGUUCAUUAGUCUUCCUCCAAUCAAGGUUGAACUAUUACUUUAUUAUUGAAUGUGUAAAGGAUUCUUAUUUUUAUCCUUCUAUUUCAAUAUUGAUAGUUGCAAACUGAUUAUUUUUAAUAUACCUACUUGGAUGGAGAAUAAAACUUUCAAGUUUCCUUUUGUGUACUUGUUGUGAUGUGGAAGACUUCAUAAAAUAAUAUCAACCAAUGUAUUUUGUGUUUAGUUCUCCAAUUAAAUUUAAUGAUGAUGA